GCGCCGAGCGGGGGGCGCCGCGCGGUGCAGCCACGAUGGAAGGGGGUGCGUACGGAGCGGGCAAAGCCGGGGGCGCCUUCGACCCCUACACCCUGGUGCGGCAGCCGCACACCAUCCUGCGCGUCGUGUCUUGGGUUUUCUCCAUUGUGGUCUUCGGCUCCAUCGUGAAUGAGGGCUACCUCAACAACCCGGAGGAGGAGGAGGAGUUCUGCAUCUACAACCGCAACCCCAAUGCCUGCGGCUACGGUGUGACCGUGGGCGUGCUGGCCUUCCUCACCUGCCUGCUGUACCUGGCCCUGGAUGUGUACUUCCCGCAGAUCAGCAGCGUGAAGGACCGCAAGAAGGCCGUGCUGUCCGACAUCGGCGUCUCGGCCUUCUGGGCCUUCUUCUGGUUCGUGGGGUUCUGCUUCCUGGCCAACCAGUGGCAAGUCUCCAAGCCCAAGGACAACCCUCUGAACGAAGGGACGGACGCAGCCCGGGCUGCCAUCGCCUUCUCUUUCUUCUCCAUCUUCACUUGGGCGGGCCAGGCUGUGCUGGCGUUCCAGCGGUACCAGAUUGGCGCCGACUCGGCCCUCUUCUCCCAGGACUACAUGGAUCCCAGCCAGGACUCCAGCAUGCCUUACGCGCCCUACGUUGAGCCCAGCGCUGGGCAGGAUCCUGCUGGCAUGGGUGGCACCUACCAGCAUCCAGCCAACGCCUUCGAUGCUGAGCCCCAGGGCUACCAGUCGCAGGGCUACUGAGCAUCUCCUCCCCCCCCCCCCCCCCCGGGUGGUGGUGACAGUGACCGCCUAACCCUGCUGCUGCCCUUCCAUCCUAGCUCCCUUCCCUAACACCCUGCUCCCUCCCAGGUGACCCUGCCUAGUACCUGCUCAGCCUCCGGGUGACUUCACUGAGGCCCAGUGCAGCUGGGGCGGGGGUGUCAGGGAGCCAGGCUGGGUGUGUCCACAUGUGUGUGCAAGUGUGUGCCCAGCAGGGAUCUAGAGGGUGGGGCCCAGGGGUUAUGGUCAUUCAUUGUGUCUUUGGCAUUCACUGAGCACCUACUGUAUACCAGGCCUUGCUCAGCUGGGGAGGGAGAGAGAGAGAUAGGGGAAAGGUGGGACAGGUGGACAGGAAGUUUGGCUGCAAGGGAGCUCAGCCACGUGUUGAGUGAGGUCAGUCAGAGGAGGCGGGCCAUCAUUCCCGGAAUCCUUGAUAGACAACUGUCCUCCUUGGACUGCCGGAGCUAUCCCCAUCUUACGGGUGAGGAAAUGAGAGGUCAAGGUACCUUGUCCAAGGUCGGCCAAGGGGCCGAUGUUGAGGCCACAUCAAGAUGAGCCAGAGCUCAGCCAGCCUUCUCCUCAUUUCCUGUCCCUACACCCAGGCUGUACCACUCAGUGUUACUCUAAUUGGGGUGGGCUGGUGGGUGGGGGCAGCGCUUUAAGACCUGAGUCCCAUGAGACACCAUGAUUUGGCUCAAGCCAAGGUCCUCUUCUGCCUCAGUUGCUUUCCUCCAUGCGGGUCCUUUCCUCAGUUUCAGUCUUCUCCUAGAGGGCCCCCCCAAGCUGCCCUUGUCCCCCUUGUUUUGCUCCAUACUCAACAUGUCCCACAAGGAACUCUUUCGGGGUGUGCCAGAACCCCCCCCCCUUUGCAGUUUCCCAAAGGAGUGGUGACCAUCCCUGCCUCUUGGAGGGCUCACUGAGCCUCCUCCGUUCAGGGCUGGGUAGACAGGAGGCCAGGAGGUGGUGGAGACUGGCCCAAGGUCCCAGCGAGCAAGCGGUGGAGCUGGCCUUGCUGCCUGCGUUCAUUGGCUCCAAGCACCCAGCGAGGGGCUGCGCCCUUGUCACCACCUGGGACACUGUCCUCUCUCUGCUUGUCUGGGUGAGCAAGGGUUCAGGGCUGAGCAGUGGGGGGCCAGGCCAGGAGCUUUGAAUUACAGGGUCAGUUUGAGCAGCCACGGGUUACACUACCCACCAGAUGGCGCACAGUGAGACACUACGGAGGGGUCUCAGAGAGACCUCGGACCGUAGGAAAGAGAAGAGCAGGUUGUCUCAAAGGCAGAAAGGAAAGUGGGUGGGGCCUAAGGGGACAGCUAGGAGGCAUUUCCACACUAGGUGCUUCCCUUCCUGCGACAGGGAACCCAGAGGGAGGCUGUCUGUGCCAUCCUAAGAUACACCAGCUGCUUCCUUGGGAAGCAGGGCAGGUGUGUCCCCACCACCUCAUCCCAUGCUCCACAGGAUGCUCCCAGGCAGGUUUGCUCUUCCGGUACCCACGUUGGUGUGGCGUCGCCCAGGGUGUCCGUCCUCAAGGAGACUGGAACGCACAUAGGCACAGGGCCCGAUACGGUGGGAAACAUGGCUUGAGUGCCGGCCUGGGGAAAGACAGUUGGAAGGGCAGGAGUGUCAGAGGCCUAGAAGGAGCACUGCCACCCCCUGAUCAGAAGGGGAAGCUGAGGCAAACUAGGAAGGGAAAUAGAACUUUCCCAGUCCUCAGAACUGGGAGCAUAGAGAGUUAGCAUUGGAAAUUGGAUCCAAACUGGGGUCUCCAGGUUUGCUUGGGGCCCACAGUGUUGGGAGAGUGACCCAGGUGGCUGAGUGACAGCUGGCUGUUGCUAACUUCCAUUUUCCACACCUGGGAAGAGGCUCCGUGUACAGCCCAGUGCCCCUCCCCCCCUCCCCCGGUGACCCAAGUAGGAACAGCUUGGACAAUGUGUGACUUAACUGAUACCAGACCGGAGGGGAGACCGUGGCUACAGACGUGUUUGUGCGUCACCAAGAGGCUGUGAAAAGUCCUGGGUUUUGCUACUCCAGACUCAGAGCCUUCCCUUCUGGUGGGCACUAGAGACCCGAGGACCGCCCAUCUGUUUCUCCCUGGAUGGCAACAGGCAGCUGGUGGUGUCAGGCAGAGGGCAGGGUGCUGGUUAAACUCUGCCCAGCCUUGGGCAUCUAUCCUCUUCCUCAUCUUCAGGCUGGGGAAGUGUAUAGGACCAGGAGGAGCUGAGCCACUGGGACCUCAGCCUCUCCCCUCGCUCCAGGUGCGUGCCGCCAUCAUGGUCGUGAUAUCAGACAGCGUGGCGAGAGGCCUGAGGAGGAUUUGUGUGCGACCCAGGCUUCUGAUUCAGUGGUUUAGGAGGGGUCGCACCCCCACAGCCAGAGCACCCCGGAUUAGCUUCUCCUUUCCAUUGCCUCUGCUUUCCUCCCACACUCUCCUUGGAGAGGGUCCCCCACAGCUGGGUCCUAUGGAAUUGGGGUUCCCUUUUCCCAUCAAGCACAAAAGAAGGUCUAGGAAACUUGGGUUCCACACGAGUUUAGAGCUGCAGGGGUCUUUGGGAGAAUGAUAUCUCAUCGAAGGUCAAGCACAGAGUGAGACUGGGAGCCCCGUCUUCUGCCUUCUGAGGUGACCUGUCCUGUGCAGUCACAGGCCAUCUUGCCUGGGUGGCACCUGAUCCACCUGGGAUGUAGCAACCAAGGGGCUCAUUCUCAGGGGACUGGCACCAGUCUCUGCUCCAUCUGCCCCUAACAAUUCUUGAUCUUCAAAGACUUGGGGUUCCAGGCUUUUCUCAUGUAACCAAGAGCUCCCCCUUGUCACCCCUGGGGCGCCUCUAAUAACCUUUGAUCCAUAAGCCCUUUCAUCUCUAAAGAGUGUGAGCAGGAGUCCCCAGAGUUUAUGGAGGAGGGACUGGGCUAGCCAUCUCCCAGUGCUACCCCUGACCUAUACUCCCGCCCCCUGGUGCCCACAGCUCUUGUCUGGGUGCCCCGGCCCCUCCCGCAGCGUUACUGCCUGUGUAUAGUAUAAAUAUAUAUAUUUUCUAUAUAUAAGAUGUAUAAUAUAAGGCUCCACAAUAUAUCUGUGUGUAUGUGUGAGAGCGCGUGUGUGUGCGUGUGUGUGCGUGUGUGUGUGUGUGUGUGUGUGUGUGUGUGUGCUUGCGAGUGCGGUGAUGGGCGGCCCCCAACUUGGGCCCUGCUCUAGACCCUCCCCCACCUGGUUAAGCCUCUCCAGAGUGGAUCCAGUGGCCCCUCGGCACCCUCCUUUAUGACAUCCAUCCAUCUGUGGUCAACCAAGUGAAGGUGGUGACUUCUGGUGACAUAGUAAUAAAGUGAAGACUCCAACACGCCA